UUAUCAACAAAAUAACAUCUAUCUGAAAUUACAUUGGCGGAGACCUAUCACUUGUUUAUCCUCUCAUAAUGGGAAAAUAGAUUGUAUUUGACUGACAUACAUUCUUCAACUGAAUUCAUUUUGUUUGGUUGUGCUUAUUGAAGCAAGUAAUAUUGAUUUUGAUUAUAAAAUUAAAAAGCCGUGUCUCUUCAGAAGCUGCAUUGCACUGCACAUACUUCCCUCUCUUUUCACACAGACCGCGUAUCAUUUCAUCUUUUAAUCUUAUACUAUUAUAAAUAGCCACGGCCUUCUCUUCUUCUCAUCGCUCCAAACUUCUCAAACUGAAAUAUCUUCAAAUGCUCUCUCUCACAUUUCUCUGCACUGUCUCAAACUAGAAAUCAAGUUCUAAGCAUUUCUCUCAUUUAUUCACAGCAUUACUGAUGUACUAAAUUCCUAGUGCCUGUGCCCCAACACUACUUAAGUCGAAGAUGCUGAAGAAGAAAUCAGACAUAGCACACAGACCAUGGAACCUCCUCCGUCUAGCCUUGUUAUGGGCAAGGAACGGUUGUGCGUUCAAGAGGAAAUUCAUGAUGGACCUAAGUCUGUUCCCCAAGUUCCUCAAAAGCCUCGGGUGUUCAUCUGAACAUGGUGCAAUAAUACACUAUAAAGAGCAAGAGCUAUCCUUCGAGAACACUCCCAUUACCCAUGUCAGGAUGCACCGUCCAACGUCCAUGCGAUUCCAGAUGCCUUGUAUCCCAUGCAUAAAUCCACAUAUUGAUUUUGACUGUGAUUUCCCCGACAAAGACAGCAAUAAUGAUGACGACAACGACAAUGAUAAUAAUGACGACGACGACGACAAUAUGAGUUACUACAAUGAGAGAGAAAGGAAGAGUUUCUUGAUGAUCAGCGACGAAGAUGAUAAUGGAUCUGAGGUUUGUGAAGAGACGAUUAGUAGGGGUGAUGAAGGGAUUGAUGUCAAGGCAGAGCAGUUCAUAGCUAAAUUCUACGAGCAAAUGAAGCUGCAGAGACAGAUAUCAAAUGUAGAGUAUUAUGAGAUGCUCAAUAGGGGCACAAAUUGAUCAUCAAGUUCUUAGCUUGAUUUGCAAAUAUACUACCUAUACAUAUAUGGUAAUAAGAGAGGCAUUGCUGCAUGUGUGAGCCCGAGACUUCGGUUGAGUGAAUAUAUUUGUAAAAAAUAAGUUUAUUAUUUUUGUUUAUCCCAUUUCACGAAAUGGUCUGUUUUUUAAGUUUCUUAAACGUUACAACAAACUGGUAAGAGUGAAUGAUAGAAGUCUCUUUGAUACAUAUCAGUGCUGUUUAAGAUACGACAAACCAAUUCUAUCAGGUCAAAUUCCAGCAAUUUCCAUGUUGGAAAUUGUUCUUUUCAGAA